UGCUGGUUUGAAUGGAGAAAGGAAAAUGUGUGUUUGGAGCAGAAAGUGUUUGGUGGUUAAAUGUUAAACUUCUGUUCAUGUGGAAAUAUGAGUUUCAAAUGGAUUUCAACUGACGAGUGAAGCUGCAACAGUCAUCCAUCCUCCAUGUCUUCGAACUGUGGGAGCAAAGAGCAAACCGGAGCACCAUGGGGGACAUCCAUCAGGACCACGGUUCAGGUCGCUGCGUCCUUGAGCCCAGCUGAUUUGUCCUUCGAAAACACUCUGGAUUCCCUCAGCCACUUGGGGGAGCUGUCCUGUAAUUAAUCCUGACCUAUGACCACCCAGGAGGAUGGAGGACAAGAGGACAACUUCCUUCCUGGGAUCAAUAAAGAACCUUGAGGCCUUUGAUUCCCAGGGGAGACAUUCACUUCUGCAUGACUUUCCAACUCUGUCUCUGCCCGGCGGGGAUUCUGUCCUCCUCAGUGGUUCUCAAACCGGGGGGCGGUCCCCCCUCAGGGCGCAGCCUCUGCAGGGUAGAGCACUUAGAUGACCAAGGGGGAAACUGUGGAGUGAAACUCAUCACAGCUCUCAAGCUUUAAUAUCGUCUGCAAUCAUGAUCAAAUUGUUGAGUGUUGCGAUUGUUGCAGGAUUUGUUUUUGAAAGCAACCAGCAGUUUAUCAGCCCCAACAUACUGAAACCACUUCCUGUACAAUUACCCUGCGACUAUCCAACCCACAUCCAAUGCUGGACGGACUGGUUUGACAGAGACGACCCGACUGGAAGUGGAGACUGGGAAACUCUCUACAAUCUUCGUAUUGAAAACCCAGGAAAGAUUUGCCCCAAACCAAUUCAAAUCGAGGCCAAAACUCUGUCUGGGGUCAGCGUGGCUGCAGCCGGGGAUGUGAUUUUUAAAAGUGACACAUCUUCAGGAUUCAUCUGCAGAAACCAGGACCAGGUGUCCAAGAAGCUGUGCAACGAUUAUCGCGUUCGCUUCAGCUGCCAUCCCCCGUUCUGUGGUGGAGUGUGCUGGACCAAGUGGUACAACCGGGACUAUCCCUCUGGUACGGGGGACUGGGAGCUUUUGAGUAACCUGAAGACAGAAAACCCAGGAGAGAUCUGUGACAACCCGAUAUACAUCGAGGCGGUUACCACUGACACGAUGACCCCAGCCAUCAGCACAGGGGAGAACUUCUACGCCUACAAUCCAACUGUGGGAUUUGUUUGCCGAAAGGAGGACCAGAAAUCCGGCCAAUGCCGCAACUAUAAAGUGCGGUUUGGAUGCCUUUGCCCAUAAUUCUACACCAACACUGAGGUGCGACGGCGAGAGAGGACUCUUGUUCCAGUUUUUAUCUCUUAAAUUUGUAUCUGCUUUGUCUUUUCUUGUAUAAUUAUAUGAUUCACUUCUCCUGAUGAAAGAACCACACAGAAAUCUUACUUUUUCACAGUGAACUUGUGGUAAUUUCAUCAUUUAAAUCAAUUUUUUCCCGCUGUGAAACUCAUUUUUAUCUUCUGCAGAAAAGCCCUAUUAGAUGCUUUAUCUUUUUCUUUUUACUGAUGAAGAAAUCAAGAUCUUUUGUGAUGACGACUGUAGAA